AUGCCCACCUCGCGUCAGACUUGGUGCCGCCCCUUGGCUCUCCAUCACUUCUUUCGUCACAUAAAUUCCAGGACGCAAUCCAUUCGAAAUUUCUCAAGCAAUGCAGCCAAGUCGCUAGCCCAUUCCCCUCUUUCCCUGUUUGAUUCGACAAGCUCAAUAUCACCCAAGAGUCCAAACGACCACCUUUUCCGUUAUACCAGCGGUCGGUGGCUCUGGAACGAAGAGCAGCAGUUAAAACAUCGCUACCGAUAUUUCAACGUUCCAGAGCUCAAAAAAGUCGCGUGUCAGGCGGCAGACUCGAGUCGUUGCGUAUCUUUGGAGAAGAUCGGGGAGGGCAACUACAACAAAGGCUUCCGACUGGUGAUGCAGGAUGGGCAAAAAGUCAUCGCAAAGAUCUCCCACCCGAACGCCGGUCCACCCGUAUAUACCACCGCAUCAGAAAUAGCUACGAUGGAUUUUGCAAGAACCAUCCUGAAGAUACCUGUUCCAAAGGAGAUCAUCGAUAUCGAGAAGAGACUUCUUUCUGUCUCAUUCGACAGAUAUGGAGCCCUUUAUUACAGGAGUGACAAGAUCCCACAAUGCGAAAAAGCAGUAGUCACCACAGAUAACAUGCAAGAGGUGAAAGAUGAUAUUGAAUCACAAUUCGAGAUUGGUCCCAUUGUCCAGAGAGAAUUUUGGAAGGGUGAAAGAAGCAAAAUGCAUUGUUAUCAUGGUCCUUGGAGAACGGCGAAGGACUACCUUGAAUCGCUCGCUCGGCGCGAAAUGAAGUGGAUUAACGAUCAUGCAGACCCCACAAAGGACAUGGGCAACCCUUGGUUGAACACAUCAAAAGCUCAAAGAUCUCCCAAUGCUCAUAUAGACCUUCUUCAGAGAUUUCUCUCGGCAAUCCCUUACAUCAUCCCCAAAGAUACCGAACUCACUUCUCCUCGACUUUGGCAUCCCGAUUUCCAUGCAGGGAAUAUCUUCGUGGAUAACGAAGGCAAGAUCACGAGUCUAAUCGACUGGCAAGGGGCAUGGGCAGAGCCCAUGUUCCUUGGUUCCAAUCCACCGAAACUUCUGGAUUAUGGUGUCGACAUCUUGAUGAACCUACCGGAGAACUUUAGCCAGCUUGACGAAGACACCAAGGAUCAACUACGGUAUCGGUUUUCCCAGUCGGUUUUGAUUCACGCAUACGAGACGAGAACAGCCGUUGAAAAUCCUCUGAUGCACAGGAUGAUGCAUAAUUAUCAAGGAAAGACUCUCAAGGAAAUUGUAGCUUUCGCGAGUGACACCUGGGACAGCGGUCUAUUUCCUCUGAGAGAGUGUUUAAUUCGGAUCGAAAGUUCGGAUGAGACUAAAAAAGAGUUUUGCUUUAGAGAAUGGGACGAUUUUGACGCAGACGAGCCAUGCCCUUACCAUUUCACCGAAGAAGAAAUCCAGGAACAUCAGGAAGAGAGUAAAUCAUUCAACGACAACGCCUACUUUUGGGAUUCGAUCCGAGAGAUCGUCACCAACGAGGGAUAUACCUCAAACGAGGACUUUCCGAGGGCUGUGGAAAUCUUCCAGAGGCUUCGAGAAAGUGGUCUGAAGAACCUGGAGGGCGACGACAGGGAAGAGUUCGAUAAGCAGACGAGAUGGAUCCGAGAUAUCAGGAUGUAG